UUCGAACAGGAGUGGCUGCAUUGUAAACCAUUUCCUUUAUAUAGAGGAACACUCACCUCUUGUAAGCCACCAUCUUUCACUUGGUUUUCUUCUUCUUUACGACAAUGGUGGUCUGUAUGAAGAUGAAUAUGGUGUUACAGAAAAGGAAUUUAAUGUUCGAUAGAGAGAGAAACAUUUACAGCUACAAGAGCACAAGCAUAUCAUGCAUGGCCAAGGAGUUGCCCAUGCAUAACCAAAAUCUGUACAAACUUCUUUCAUUGGAAUCCCGGAAUGUUAGUUUGGAUGAGAUCAAGAAGGCAUACCGAGCCAAGGCCCUGCAACUUCAUCCUGAUGUAUGUCGAUUUUCCAUUACAGAUGAAUGCACAAAGCAAUUCGUGGAGUUACACAAGGCCUACGAAGUUCUUUCUGAUCCAAAUACACGGAGAGUGUAUGAUCAGGAAUUGAACAUGGUUGAAUGUUUUGGAUGUGGUUCGGGUCCUCAAUUCGGUUUCUAUGAUAGGAAGAAAGUGUGGGAAAUGCAACUUGCUGGACUAAAGAAACGAUCUGCUGAUCGAAUGGGAAGGAUGAAAAAUGAAUUCAUGUAGAACAAGAUAUAUUAUUUAAUAUGAUUAUCGUGUUGUUAAUAAUAUAUAUGAUCAUCUUGAAUGUUGAACAUUAUCUAUUUAUUCCCUCGUAGAUAAAAUACAAAUAGAAAUAAUUAACCUCUUUACCUAAACCAUGAGUCAAGUUACCACGAC